AUGGCGGCGGUAUGGCACGACAAGACGGAGACUGUCAAGUUCCUUCUGGGACAAGAGGCCAAUGUGAAUGCCACAAGUACCAAGUCGUGCCCUUACUACACGGCACUCCAAGCGGCGGUGAAACGGAAUUCGCCGACCAUGGUUGGGAUUCUGUUGGAGCAUGGUGCCGACGUCAACCUCGCCCGCAGACUAUCCAGCUCCGCGCUGUGCGCCGCGAUCCGUGAGGGCAGCAUUGACAUUACUAAACUCCUCGUCGAAGCCAAGGCGGAUGUCGGGUCUAGCCGCGGGAUGCCGGAGCGACUGGCGAUUCAAAAGAACCGUAGAGACAUUUUAGAAAUACUCGUUGACCACGGUGUCGUCCCCGGACGUCCUGGAUAA